AUGGUGGCAAGGUUGGCAGGCAUUCCCAUUCAGGCCUUCAUCUCCACGGACGUGAAAGGGAGCACGGUUGAUUUCGGGCUACUCAGUGGAGAUGAGCUUUUCAGCCUCAGACAACCUCUGGCUUUGGGUGCCAUGCUGAAAGACCUAGAAGUCGCCGUGGCGAGUGUGCUGGGCCUGCGAUUGAACAUAGUCAGUGCCUUUUCCAAGCAUGACCCUUCCAAUCGGCUCGACAACUCUUGCGAUCUGAAGGAGUACAGCGGCGAAUCUCUUGUGCUUACAUUCUACGAUGACUUCGGAGAUUGCCGCAGGUUUCUGAAAGCCAUGACAGCCGAAGCAUUCAAUCCAAGAUCGCAAGGCUUCCAUGCUGCAUGGAGUUUGAAGGCUUUUGAGCGCACGCCCGAGGUCAGUGCUGGUGAGGUGCUAGAUCUUCUGCAGUCAGAUAAAUACGGGCCACAGGUGCCCGAAGGCAUGGUUAGGGAGUUCAUGCAGAUCUUUGGACGUCUCACAUCGAUGGCAGAGAACAACUUCCACCUUGAAUGUCUCCAGAGCUUCGAUCCUGCGAUGAAGACCCUGAAACAUGAGCUGUGCCAGCACUGGCUGCAGCUAGCAAAGGCCUCCGUCACGCAAAAGGUGCCUGGAAGGCCUCCUCCUGUCAUGCUCCUGUGCUGGAAUGCGCAUCAGCAGACAGCCGCUAACGGGAUGGAUUUGUUCACUGUCGACGGCAGCUUUCCCGCCAUGUUCUCUCAAGGCUUGCAAAACUCGUGCAGAUUGCAUCAUAACAUUGACGGCAUGAGCCAACGUUCCAUGCUUAUGUUUGCAUCCUUGAACGCUGACUGGUUCACCGGCCUCACAUGGAAAGAGUUGUGUGCGCCGCACCCCAUCAACAAAUCUAGACUUGGACAGUGGGUGGAGAAAUAUAGAGAAGCCGAUAAGAAACACGUAGAGUUGAAGCAAGGUGAGCCAGUGGAACGACAUGAUGUCGUAAGGAUGGUGCAUGUGCAGCUGCGGUUGUCUUGCGGGUUCCGUGUCGUGGAAGUUGAGGGGGAACUGCACAUUCCUUUGCUCCGGUGUUCGGCGGCGCUGCUGCAGUGGCACUUGCAGGAAGUCACUCAAGGGAUCGGAGGCCUUGAACUUGAGCAUGUGUUAAAAGGUCUUCUUGCAGAUGCAAACAAGGAGGUGCAGCCCGGCAUGAGAGGGGUGCUGAUGCUGGUAUGUCUUUCCUCGAGCCACGCGCCGGAUGAUCUCAAGCUUUGCUGGCGCUUGAGCCAGAAUUCCGUCCGCUUCAUCCUCUGUUAUCCGGAGGGAGCGAAGCGGCGGGCAGGGCCUCUGAGAGCCAUGCACACCUUGAUUCGUGGAGAGGCUCGACAGUGGCUGCGGCAAGCCCGCAGCUUCGCUGCGGCCGCCCCGGCCGCCGAAGUGAAGUCAGCAGCCACCUUGGGAAAGGUCUCCCAGGUGAUUGGGGCCGUGGUGGAUGUCCAGUUUGACACGGCCCUGCCUCCCAUCCUCAAUGCGCUGGAAGUGCAAGGUUUUGAGCACCGCCUCGUGCUGGAGGUGGCCCAGCACCUGGGAGAGAACAUGGUGCGCACCAUUGCCAUGGAUGGUACAGAUGGCCUGACCCGCGGUCAGUUAGUAGAGGACACCGGUGCCCCCAUCACGGUGCCGGUGGGUGAGCAGACGCUGGGCCGGAUCAUUAACAUCAUCGGCGAGCCCAUUGACGAGCUCGGCCCCAUCGAUACCAAGAAGUUCUACGCCAUUCACAGGCCUACGCCGACGUUCACAGAAAUGAACACGACGGCACAGCAGCUUCUCACUGGUAUCAAGGUUGUGGACCUGUUGGCGCCCUACGCCAAGGGAGGAAAGAUCGGGCUGUUCGGCGGUGCCGGUGUGGGCAAGACGGUUGUUAUCAUGGAGCUGAUCCACAACAUUGCGCUCAAGCACGGUGGCUACAGCGUCUUCGCUGGAGUGGGUGAGCGCACUCGUGAGGGCAACGACCUGUAUCACGAGAUGAUGGCCAGUGGUGUCAUCAAGAAGGACAAGGCGCCGGGCUCCAAGGACGUGCUGCUGUUCGUUGACAACAUCUUCCGCUUCACUCAAGCGGGGUCCGAGGUGUCGGCCCUUCUGGGUCGUAUUCCCAGCGCUGUGGGCUAUCAGCCCACCUUGGCCACAGACCUGGAGCGCAUCACCACCACGCAGAAGGGCUCUAUCACCUCGGUGCAGGCUGUCUACGUACCUGCCGAUGACUUGACCGAUCCUGCUCCUGCCACAACCUUCGCGCACUUGGAUGCCACCACGGUUUUGUCGCGCCAGAUUGCGGAACUUGGAAUCUACCCAGCUGUGGAUCCCCUGGACUCCACGUCCCGAAUGCUUGACCCGUCGAUCGUCGGACAACGUCACUACGACAUUGCCCGCAGCACGCAGAAGAUUUUGCAGGACUACAAGUCUCUGCAGGACAUCAUCGCGAUCCUGGGUAUGGAUGAGCUUUCUGAGGAGGACAAGCUGACUGUGGCUCGAGCCCGCAAGGUCCAGCGCUUCUUGUCCCAGCCCUUCUUUGUGGCUGAGAUCUUCACCGGCACUCCCGGGGCGUUCGUGGAUUUGGAGACCACCAUCAACGACUUCGAAGAGGUCCUGUCUGGAAACUGCGAUGACAUUCCGGAGGCCGCAUUUUACAUGAUCGGCGGCAUGUCGGAUGUGAAGGAGAAGGCUGCCAAGCUUGCUGCCGUGGCAGCUGGCAAGUGA